UCAUGUUUGCAACUCCCGUGUCACUGCUCUUGCCGUGGUCAAGUGAUGCUGAGAGGCGAGUCGCGUCCCGAUGCGGGACAGCAUGGUGUCGGUUGACAUCAGCCAUGAAGACCCGAUACUGGCAGGCCUGAGUGUUGACUGGAUGAGAGGGUCGAGUUAUAUCUGAAAGGUAUUCCCUCGCGCGUGCCGGCGACCAAAGGCCGUUGUCAGCAUAAUUUCUCCACUGCCAAUUCAUCGAUACCAGCGUCAUCCUCGUGUCAGUGACCAACUGCUAUGAAUAACAUCUUCUCCCAGUGCCUUCGCCUCCCCAUCCCAGACAUUGAAAAGGCGUAAGAGGAGCCUGGAAGAUAUCCAAUCCCCACAGAUCUAGAAAGAAUCUUGCAUACAUAAGUUCAGAGCCUCAGACUUCCUCGAUGCCGGUGCUGAUUACCUACGCAACUUCUCGAGGCUCGACGAAAGAGGUGGCCGACCGCAUCGCCUCACGACUGCAUGCAGUUGGCUUUGCCGUCGACUGUCGCCCUGUCGACCAUGUCUUCAGUGUCGAAAACUAUAGCGCGGUCAUCAUUGGCAGCCCCAUAUAUCACCAGAAAUGGCUGUUGGACGCCCAAAAGUUCGUCGACGUCGAGGCCGUGGGCCUACGAAUGAAACCUGUCUGGGCUUUCAGUCUCGGUAUGGUUGGCAAGCCUGGCUGGAGAAGAGCAAGAGCAAUCAAGAAGGAGACAAGCAGGAUUGAAGAUGUCCUCAUACAAAAGGUGCCCAAGGUCCGAGAUCAUCGAUUGUUUGGGGGAAAGGACGAUGGGUCGUCGGUGUCGACUCCGUUGCGGGGCUUAUACCGCUGUCUAGGAGGAAGCUUUGGAGAUAUGCGAGAUUGGACUGCCAUCGACAGUUGGACCAGCCUCAUCGCAAAGGAGUUGCAUGCUGAUGGUCUAUGAAGACACGAUGCAGGACAUCGGACGGCGUCUUCCGGCAUCGCCGGUGCGGUGUAACAUGACAUGAGAGUGGACGUUUGUUCGAUCCGGCGCGUGCCGAGCACGACAUGACUUACGACGAUGCAUG